CUUCAGGGACUUUUUGGUAAACAAAAGGUGUCGUUGCGUGUGUGCCACCUGCCACUGAUACCUACAUAUAGAUACAGGAGGAACGAAGAGGCGCCAUACAAUUUGCAUUUCUGGAAAAAGCUCAUAAAGUGCUGAGAUAAACCCUAAUCUCAGUUCCAAUGGCAUCUCUAAUGUUGCCAUCUCCAUCGUCAUGCUCUACUUCUUCUUCGUCUUCGCCGUUUUCUCGGCGCUCUUUCAACCGUGGUUUCAUUAACAGCGAGGCUCGUAUUCCCGCUUCUGCUAACAACAUCAGGUGUGAAAUCAGUAAAUCAUUAAAUGGGAAACCAUGUGUUCCAAUUAUCAAAGAUGGAAUGCUGUCCAACUUCAUGGAAGCUGGACGCAUGAAUCAUGCUGUUAUGAAUGGGAAGCUUAAAAUAUUCUCUGGCACUGCAAAUUCUGCACUUUCUCAGGAAAUUGCAAGUUACAUGGGGCUUGAUCUUGGAAUGAUUCAGAUAAAGCGAUUUGCAGAUGGUGAAAUAUAUGUUCAGUUACAAGAGAGUGUACGCGGGUGUGAUGUGUAUCUGGUGCAACCCACCAGCCCUCCUGCAAAUGAAAAUCUCAUGGAGCUUUUAGUUACAAUAGAUGCAUGCAGAAGAGCAUCAGCCAAAAACAUCACAGCAGUCAUCCCUUAUUUUGGAUACGCCAGAGCUGAUAGAAAAACUCAAGGGCGUGAAUCUAUUGCUGCAAAACUAGUAGCAAACCUGAUUACUGAAGCAGGUGCAGAUCGUGUUCUUGCUUGUGAUCUUCAUUCUGGUCAGUCCAUGGGUUAUUUUGAUAUCCCCGUGGAUCAUGUUUACUGUCAGCCUGUGAUUCUUGAUUAUCUUGCCAGCAAGUCGAUUUGCUCAAAUGAUUUGGUAGUUGUGUCGCCUGAUGUUGGUGGAGUUGCCAGGGCACGUGCUUUUGCUAAAAAGUUAUCCGAUGCGCCUUUGGCAAUUGUUGACAAAAGGCGCCAUGGACACAAUGUAGCUGAGGUGAUGAAUUUAAUCGGUGAUGUCAAAGGAAAAGUUGCUGUGAUGUUGGAUGACAUGAUCGACACUGCUGGAACUAUUUCUAAAGGUGCGGCUCUAUUACAUGAAGAGGGAGCCAGGGAAGUCUAUGCAUGUUGCACUCAUGGUGUAUUCAGUCCACCUGCGAUUGAGAGGUUGUCAAGUGGACUUUUUCAAGAAGUGAUUGUAACAAACACGAUUCCUUUAAAGGAACAGCAUUAUUUCCCACAGCUGACUGUUCUUUCAGUGGCAAAUCUUUUGGGUGAGACUAUUUGGCGUGUUCAUGAUGAUACCUCUUCAUAA